UCAGGACGCAUCGCUUAGGCGUUGAUGAUAACAGAUUUGGGAUUUUUGGUCUUCGAAUCAACCUGUUCCAUUUUAUCUUCAAAUUUAAAAAUAAAAUACCAAGAGAACCAUGGCCGAGAGGAGACUUCUCCUAGAAGAUGAUGACCAAGGCUCUCUGCUUUCAAAACUUGGGACAGACAGUCCAAAACCGAGAAUCAAGUUCGGGGGGAUGUUUUGCAACGUCGAGGGAGCGUUUGAAAACAAAUCUCUAAAUUUUGACUUCUGCAGCGCCGGAGGGCGGGUUGACGACAAAAGUUACUUAAACACUCUCAGUGAUACCGCGAGUGUGAAAAACUUUUCAAGCGCGAGUAACACAUCUCGACCCCAACCAGCGCCGUCUUCUUCCAGUUUAGGAAGCCACGUUAUCGUAUACCCAGCGGGUCACAGCCGCGAUUAUAACGAUCGAUGUGAGGCUGGGUGGCAGAGUGACAAGAUCAUCAUCAAAGGUGGAAAAAUCGUGAAUGAUGAUCAGUCCUUCUAUGCUGACAUUUAUAUUGAGGAUGGGAUCAUCAAACAGAUUGGGGAGAAUCUGAUCGUACCCAGUGGGGUGAAGACCAUGGAUGCGUAUGGUCAUAUAGUCAUCCCUGGUGGCAUCGACGUGAACACCUGCCUCCAUGCGCCACACUUGGGCAUGAACCCCGCUGAUGACUUCUACCACGGCACUCGCGCUGCGCUGGCUGGAGGCACUACCAUGAUCAUUGACCAUGUGGUUCCUGAGCCGGGUGUUAGUUUGCUGACUGCGUAUGACCAGUGGAGAGACGUGGCAGACAAGCGGUCAUGCUGCGACUACUCCCUGCACAUGGACAUCACACGCUGGCAUGAGGGCAUGUUUGAGGAACUGGAAACUCUGAUCAAAGAUAAAGGGGUGAACUCAUUCCUGACCUUCAUGGCUUACAAAGACAAAUACCAAAGCUCAGAUGCUCAAAUGUAUGAGAUUUUUGGUAUGCUAAGAGAUCUGGGAGCUAUUGCACAAGUGCAUGCAGAGAAUGGGGACAUUAUUGAGGAGGAGCAGAAAAGACUGUUGGACCUGGGAAUCACAGGCCCUGAAGGCCACGUACUCAGUCAUUCAGAGGAGGUGGAGACAGAGGCAGUGUAUCGGGCCAUCACCAUUGCUAAACAGGCCAACUGCCCUCUCUACAUCACCAAGGUCAUGAGUAAAUCCGCUGCUGAUGUCAUCGCUAAAGCCAGGAAAAAGGGCUUGGUCGUUUAUGGAGAGCCAAUAGCAGCCAGCCUUGGGACUGACGGAUCACACUAUUGGAGCCAAAACUGGGCCGAAGCUGCCGCCUUUGUUAUGUGUCCGCCUCUCAGUCCAGAUCCGGCAACCCCAGACUACCUCAACUCCAUGCUGUCCUGUGGCGAUCUUCAGGUGACGGCCAGCGCUCACUGCACAUUCUCCACCGCCCAGAAAGCAGUCGGGAAGGACAACUUCACUCUCAUCCCCGAGGGAACCAAUGGGAUCGAGGAACGCAUGAGCAUUGUCUGGGACAAGGCUGUAGCAACGGGUAAAAUGGACGAGAAUGAGUUUGUGGCAGUCACCAGCACGAACGCAGCCAAGAUCUUCAACCUGUACCCUCGCAAAGGCAGGAUCGCAGUGGGCUCUGAUGCAGAUCUUGUAAUCUGGAGCACAAAGGAGACCAAGACCUUCUCUAGCAAAACUCACACCAUGACUGUGGAGAUUAAUAUCUUUGAAGGCAUGGAGUGUCGCGGCUUCCCUGUGGGGGUGAUCAGCCAAGGCAGGAUGGUCUUGGAGGGUGGAACACUGGAUGUGGUGGAAGGGUUGGGACGAUUUGUUCCCAGGAAGGCCUUCCCAGACUACGUCUAUAAGAGGAUCAAGGCUCGCAGCAGGAUGGCAGAGGCUCGGGGUGUUCCCCGUGGUAAUUAUGAUGGCCCUGUCCAUGAUGUCAUUAGCAUGACAAAGUCUGUACCACCCACUCCCACCACCAGAGGGCCAUCCUGUUCAGGGAAGACUGCUACUGGGCCAGCCAGGAAUCUGCACCAGUCUGGCUUCACCCUCUCUGGCACUCAAAUGGAUGACCACAUCCCCAGACGUACGGCACAGAAGAUUGUAGCACCACCUGGGGGCAGGUCCAAUAUCACAUCCCUUUCCUGAGUUGUGUCCACUGAGGGAACCAAGCAGUUCUGAUCUCCCUUGGCUUCCAGUUUUACAUAUUACAAUAAUAUCAUGCAAGCAACAAUUUAUCUACCAACUUUAAUACACACUGUAAUUUCUGUCAGUGCUACCAUACAAAGACAGAGCUAUGCACCCCCUAACACAUGAAGAAUAGAUAACCAUAUAGCCUAUUAAUUUCCCUUUUAUUGGCUAUCUUCAGCAUAAACUCUUUUCAUCCAUAAUCCAAUGCCCAUAGUGUAGCAUGUAACAUUUACCAGAGUCUGCAAACUCAGUAUCCCAUUCUGUCAGCUUUAGCAUACAAGUAGCAUUGAUAAUGUGAUGAAGAUGAGUAGCUGGUGAUUGUAGUGUCUGUAACACUGGACUGAUCGAUUCCAAGUGCUGCCUUUAAACCAGCGCUUGUCCUGUCUGCCUACACACACACCGAGGUGGACAUUCCUGAGGGGCUCUCUGUCACUGUCUGUGUGUUUUUGGAAGCUGCUAGAAGAUUGUCUUCACUUUGAAAUGAAAACUCCAACUGUUGUUGUUAGGUUUGUUCAUUGCGAUUUGUAAAUGUCAGAAGAACCAGUAGGCUAGAGCAUUUCCAUUACGAACUGAAAUUCAUCUCAGAAUGCAUAAUGUCUAAGGCCUUAUGUUUCUAAAGGGAACAUAGAGGACGACAGUGCAUAGAAACCCGCUAUAGCCGAAAAGUGCUAGUCAUCACCGUUCUUCCACUCAUCCGAAACUGGUCAUUUUUGUAGGUUUUUAAACUGAAACAUUUGGUGCUCUCAAUUGUUUUACUGUGAUGAAUAAACCACUUUCUGGCCCAAUAAUCAUUUUUAUUUUUUUUAAGGUGCCAUCAUAGGUUUGCUUUUCAAUGUAACCGUUUUCUUUUCCUCAAAUGGUCUCAGUAAUAAGCAGCAUUUUAUAGUGAAAAUUCACAGGCAGUAUUAGGCAGGAAUGCUCUCUUAUAAUGUAGUAAGCUGUUUUGAAGGUACCCUGUUGUGGUUAGUGAUAUUCUGCUUAAAGGAAAUAAGUCAGUAGAUUGAAGUUUUCUACUUUUUCUGUGCUCAGUCUGUAAAUACGUCUUAUGUUUCCAACUGUGCAUGGUCUGCAUGUCCUCAAUAAACAGAUUUUUUUAUGGGAGAAAACUCAUGUAGAAAUUCCUUUUUAAUUACUUUGUGAUUAAAUGCUAAAAGUUUCUUUUAAACAUACAAUAUCAAAUACUACCAUUAAUAUCGGUGUAGCAUUUAAUACUACGGCAGAAAUCAAAUUUGUCAAAAGAAUAGCAUGAGUCAAUGGCAAGCAGUAACUGAAAGUCAGCACAUAUAUUAUGUCACUGUAUUUAACAGACAGAACUUCAGCCCAGCUUAUUGAUAGAAGUGCUUGGAAAAGUGUUUUUCUGUUGCCAUAAGAGAAGUAACAAACCAUUCAUAUGCAAAAUGUUCUGUUUUUUGUUAUGCUGGUCAAAAAAGAUUUUGCUUCCUGCAAAAAAUACCUGCGUAAUAUAUAUUUUUGCAUGUUGAAUACAAAUAUGUCCAAAAUAUCUCCAUAGUUUUUGUGUUCCAGUAUACUCGCAUGUCAUUACGUAUAGCAUGGAAAAGAGGUACCAAGUUGGCAGAUUACUGUUGAACACUAAAGAGGGAACCACCUGAGACCAAAUACAGGCAGAAUUCAUACAUUGUACAUUUUAGAAUUAUAUUUGUACAUAUAUAAUUAAUAUUUAGAUAUUAAAAAAUAAAAUUUAAUUGGCCUGUCACUUAAAUCAUAUGUGACAGAAAAACUUUGAAAACCAUUUCGAAUUCAAUGCAAAAAGAACAAUAAGGUCCACCUAUUUUAGCUUGUGAAACAAACAAACAAACAAAAAAUUUCAAAUGUUAUUGCCCAAGCGUGUCAUCAGUGUUACCAAGCAGGUCAUCUUAGCUUUUAUGCACACUGCUCCUCCUUCCCCCAUAAUCCCUUUUUUUAGCAGCUGCUGACUUGGGGCAGCUCUGAAAGGUUAAAAACAUGUCUGAGUGCCAAGAGGUCCAGGAGGGGCCAGUGGAGUGUGGCGCUGAGCAGGGAGUGAGUGACCGGGGGGUGUGGGGGGUUUGGGAGAGUGAGCAGUUGGGGAGCAUUGCUGAUAAAUGGAGACAGGUGCGUGCGGAAGCCAUGGUGUAGCUCGCGGUAUACACAGCUGCACCGUCACCUCUCCGAGAUAGGUACUGCGAGCUGUUUCAUUUUCACACUGCUUGUUUACAUUACAGCCGAUCAACGCAACAUUCAUCUGAGGUUUGCUUUGGUGACGCAAAGUGCAAGUUAGGUUUAAAUAUGGCUAAGGCGGUUUUGGGGACUAAGCAAACAAUUGCACAAACUUCUGCCAUGUUGCCACAAACCCUACAUAGCAGUUUUGACGAUUAUAAUAUAUAUUGUCUUCAAUAAGUCAUCAAUGCUGCAAUAUGUUAUAAUUAGGGCAUUAUAAGAACCUCUAUGUCCUCUAUAUUCUGUUUACAACUUUACAUCACGAUAAACAAUAUGUACUUAAAUAUUAGUGGCAGCCUAGUUUU